UUCUAUCGUAAUUUGUUUACAAAAUUUAAAAAAAAAAAUACUAAUAAAUCAUAGUAGUUGUCGACGCACUGUAUUAAUUGAAGCCUAAACACUGGUGUCCACGGAAAAACUGUGAGAACAUGAAUUCGUUCUCUAACGUGGAUUAUUAAUGCAGCCUCAGAACAUAUAAUUCCCCGUGGCACACUGCUACCCACAUAUCCCACCACGUUUUUCGUCCAGAAAUGUCUCAAGACCAACUCAACCAACCCAUCAUAGACUCCGAACCGGAACCGGCAGCAGAACCCUCCAGCAAUGGAGACGGUGUGGACUUUCUACUCGAGAAGGUGCUGUCCGACACCCAAUUGCCCCCAUUCAAGCGACUCCGCAUGGCCACAUGGAUCGAACUCAAGCUCCUCUUUCGCCUUGCUGCCCCCGCCGUCUUGGUUUAUGUCAUUAACAACUCCAUGUCACUUUCCACUCGUGUCUUCGCCGGCCACCUCGGCAAUCUUGAGCUGGCCGCCGCCAUUCUCGGCAACAGCGGCGUCCAACUCUUGGCCUAUGGCCUCAUGCUAGGCAUGGGAAGUGCAGUGGAGACUCUAUGUGGGCAAGCCUACGGUGCCCAAAAGUAUGACAUGUUAAGCAUAUAUCUUCAAAGAGCAAUCAUAGUCCUCUCUCUCACUGGCCUCCCACUUCUGGCAGUCUUUCUCCUCUCAAAACCCUUGUUGCUUUUACUCGGCGAACCAAUCGCCGUGGCCUCAGCCGCCGCCGUCUUUGUCUACGGUCUCAUCCCUCAAAUAUUUGCCUACGCCAUAAACUUCCCCAUUCAAAAGUUUCUCCAAGCACAACGAAUUGUGGCCCCAAGUGCUUACAUAUCAGCAGCUACUUUUGGGGUGCAUUUAUUGAUGAGCUGGGUUGCUGUGUACAAGCUGGGUUUAGGGUUGCUAGGUGUUUCUCUUGUUUUGAGCUUGUCGUGGUGGAUAAUAGUUGGAGCCCAGAUUGUUUACAUCUUGGUGAGCAGUCAGUGUAAGCUGACUUGGCAGGGUUUCAGCGUGCAAGCCUUUUCUGGGUUGUGGGAUUUUUUCAAGCUAUCGGCUGCAUCGGCGGUGAUGUUGUGCUUGGAGGUUUGGUACACUCAGGUGCUAGUUUUGAUUGCUGGGUUGCUAAAAAAUCCUGAGCUUGCCCUAACUUCUUUGGCCGUAUGCAUGUCGUUAAAUGGAGUGUUGUUCAUGGUUUCAGUCGGGUUCAAUGCAGCUGCAAGUGUGAGGGUGAGCAAUGAGCUAGGUUCUGGGAAUCCAAAGUCAGCAGCAUUCUCGGUUAUAGUAGUAACUUCGGUAUCCUUAGCUUUUGCUGUUCUGGAAGCUGUGGUUGUGCUCUCCCUCCGCGACGUAAUCAGUUAUGCCUUCACCAGCGGUGAAACUGUGGCCAAGGCAGUCUCGCACCUCACUCCAUAUUUGGCCGUCACUCUAAUCCUCAAUGGGAUUCAACCAGUCCUAUCCGGGGUGGCGGUUGGGUGUGGGUGGCAAGCAUUUGUGGCAUAUGUGAAUGUGGGAUGUUAUUACGUAGUUGGAAUUCCAUGCGGCUGUGUUCUUGGAUUUGUGUUCGACCUUGGUGCUGAGGGAAUAUGGUCAGGGAUGAUAGGAGGAACUCUAAUGCAGACCUUAAUUUUACUGUGGGUAACAUUUCGUACGGACUGGGAUAAAGAGGUGGAGAAUGCCAAAAGUCGCGUGGAGAAAUGGGAUGACAAGAAGCAGCCUCUACUAAAAAGUUGAUGGCGUCACAAGUUUUCAACAGGCCACGAGUUUUCAACAUGGAGAAAGCUUGGAUGCUGAAAAAAUCUGCAGCAGCUUUUGCUGCUAGCGAAUUAGGGGUAAACACAUGUUUAAAUAAUUGAUUUUUUAAUUAUAAUUUGAACACGUGUUUAUUCGUGAUUCGCUAGCUGCUGAUUUAUCAGUAAUUAAGUUCAGUUCUUUCAACAUACUAUAAAGUCACGAGUUUUCAACAGACCAUAAUUGCUGGUUCGGCACAUCCAAUGUCAUUGUAAUAAGGACGGAUUCAAAUUGUUUUAAUGCAUGCUUUUCAACUUCUGAUAA